CUCAUCGUCUUGGACUUUGAACCCAGUGCCAGUUUGGCGACCAGUAUAACCAGCGGCCACUCUGCCAGCCGCUCUCCAGAACCCGUCCUAUGGAGUCGUUGACCAGCACAGGCGCCGCGCCAGCGCGUGCGUCGCCGCCGCGGCCUCGGCCGCACGUCGUCUUGGUCGCAAGCCCCGGCGCCGGCCACCUCAUCCCGAUGGCCGAGCUGGCGCGGCGUCUCGCCGAGCAGCACGGCUUCGCGCCCACCCUCGUCACCUUCACCACCGACCUCUCCUCCCCGGAAGAAGCCAUGUCCUGCCUCCCGGACUCCCUCGCCACAAGGCCCACAAUCGCCCUCCCGCCCGUCCAAAUAGACGACCUCCCGCACGACACGCCCAUCGAGAUCUUGCUCUUCGAGCUCGUCCGCCGCUCCGUCCCCAACCUCCGCGCCCUCCUCCGCUCCAUCGACGGCCCAAUCGCGGCGUUGGUGCCGGACUUCUUCUGCUCCGAGGCGCUGCCCCUCGCCGCCGAGCUUGGCGUCCCGGGGUUCCUCUUCGUGCCCAGCAACCUCGCCGCGUUGGCCCUCAUGCGCCGCCUCGUGGACCUCCACCACGGCGUUGACGUUGCCCCUGGCGCAGAGUACCACGACAUGCCCGAGAAUCUCGAGCUUCCCGGGGGCGUGGCGCUGCGCCGCGCCGACCUUCCGGUCUCGUUCCAGAGCAGCAAGGAGCCGGUCUACGCGCGGCUCCUCGAGGAGGGCCGGCGUUACCUCUCCGCCGAUGGCUUCCUGGUGAACUCCUUCUAUGAGAUGGAGCCGGCGACCGGGGAGGAGUUGAGGCAGGCGGCAGAGCGAGGCGCGUUCCCGCCGGUGUUCGCCGUGGGGCCGUUUGUGCGUUCGAGGUCCAACGACGACGCGGCGUCGUCCGCCUGCAUAAUAUACUGGCUGGAUCUGCAGCCGACGGGGUCGGUGGUGUACGUCUCCUUCGGGAGCGGCGGCUCGCUGUCCGUGGAGCAGACGGCGGAGCUCGCCGCGGGGCUGGAAGCCAGCGGCCACAGGUUCCUCUGGGUCGUGCGCAUGCCAACCCUUGACGGCAACGAGAAGAGCGGCCGUGAGAGGAGCGACGACCCAUUGGCGUGGCUUCCGGAGGGGUUUCUGGAGAGGACGAAGGGCAGAGGUCUGGCCGUGGCGGCGUGGGCGCCGCAGGUGCGCGUGCUGUCGCAUCCGGCCACGGCGGUCUUCGUGUCCCACUGCGGCUGGAACUCUUCGCUGGAGAGCGUGUCCUCCGGGGUGCCGAUGGUGGCACUGCCGCCGCGCGCGGCGGAGCAGAGGAUGAACGCCGUGAUCCUGGAGCAGAGCGUCGGCGUGGCGCUGCGGCCGCGCGUGCGAGAGGAUCAUCAGAUCGAUGCCGAUGGCGGCGUGGUGGCGCGCGACGAGAUCGCGGCCGUGCUGAAGGAGCUCAUGGAAGGGGACAAGGGGCGUUACGUGCGGCGCCAGGCGGGGGACCUUCAGCAAGCGGCGGCGCUCGCGUGGACGCCGGAGGGCUCGUCGCGCCGGGCGCUGGAGGAGGUCGCCGCCGCGUGGAAGUCAGCGCUGGGGAACAAGUAACCGACGUGUCAUGGCGUGAUGCACGUCAGGACGCGCGUCGAGGUUUUCCAUCCAUGCGCCAUUCUGCUUUGUCCGUAUCUCGUGUAGUCGUCCAAGGUUUCCAUGCUCAUCGUAUCGGUUAAUCGGUGCCGAAUAUAAUAAAGGACUCAUGUCAUGUGCCGACGCCGCCGCUAGUAUAACGCGGUGAACUUUCGUCCGUCGGAAAUGAGAGUCUCGAAUUCCCGAACUCGCGGACGAGCUUUGGAAUUUAGAUGAGAGUAUUUAAUUGUCACCAUGCCAUUGCCAAGCAGUCUUCCGCUGCUUACGUGCC